GUGUGUGUGUGGAGGGAACAAAAUGGCGGCGGCCGGAGAGGGGCGACUCAUGGGGGCGGUUGGGCGGUUCCGCUCCGAGCGCUGACGGGCAUCGCUUGUUCUGUCCCGUCUGGGCCUGCUCUGGGCCGGUACCGCUGCCUCCGGCCGGGGCCUCCGGCAGCCUCGGACUCCCCACGUCGGUGCGAGGCCGAAGAGCACCGGGACCGAGCCACGGCCGGCGCCACGACGGAUGAUCACCGUUGCCCGCUGAUAGGUCUGCCUGCCGGCGUCUCUCUGAACUCGCGUGCCUAGUGCGCAGCAGCCGGGGGUGGAUUCGGCCGGCGUCGGUGGGACCGUCGGAGCGUCUGCGGCGCGAUGGAGGCCCUGCCCGAGCUCUACGCCAUCUUCCAGGGCGAGGUUGCUACGGUGACGGAAUAUGGGGCGUUUAUAAAAAUUCCAGGCUGCAGGAAACAAGGUGCUGGUAGGCCCACAAAUAACCCUGUCUCCGCUCCCCUCUUGAAGUGCCCGGUCACUGUAGCGCCAAGUCUAAUAAAAGUUCUUGGACAGAAGUGUGGCUGCUGGAGGGAAGUCGCUUUGAGAUGCAAACGGGCCCUGAAAUAUGAGCUUGAACAGCAAGGCCUUGUCCAUAGGACACACAUGUCCUCCUGCCGCGUGGAUAAACCCUCUGAGAUAGUAGAUGUUGGAGACAAAGUAUGGGUGAAGCUUAUCGGAAAAGAGAUGAAAGAUGACAAACUGAAACUCUCCCUCUCCAUGAAGGUUGUUAACCAAGGCACGGGAAAAGACCUCGAUCCAAACAAUGUUUCUCUUGAUCAGGAUGAGAGGAAAAAACGCACGUUCAGAGACUACACUAGUCAGAAGAUCACGCUUGAAGCUGUCUUGAACACCGUGUGCAAGAAAUGCGGCUGCAAAGGUCAUUUUGCAAAGGAGUGUUUCGUGCAGCCUGGAGGUACCAAAUAUAGCCUAAUUCCAGAAGAGGAGGAAGAGGAGGUGGCAGCAGCAGAAUGUGAAAGAGAGAAAAGGAGCAGCGUCGCUGACGAUUCUUCAAAAAAAAGGAAAAAGGAGAAGAAGAAGAAAAAGAAGCACAAGAAUAAGCAGUCCUCCUCCGAGUCGGACUCGGACAGCUCGGACUCGGACAGUGAUGGGGCUCAGCUGGCCAGCAAGAGGACCAAGCAUUCAGGGAAGACUAGCAAGGCUCAGAAGAAGAAGAAGAAAAAGAAGCAUAAGAAGCAGCCCCGGGACUGAGCGGCAGGCAGGGGUACCGGCGUUGGGGGACUCCCUGGUGCACGCCACAAAGAGUGAGCAGAACUGAAUCAGCGUGCCCCUCGCUCCAGGGACAAGGAGUUUCCUUCUAAAAGUAACGCUCAGCUUGCGGUGUUACAGGUGGUGACUUUGAUACAAGUUGUCCUCUGGUACCUUAGGCAUGGGCUGCCCUUUUCUCCCACCAGGAGAAACUCCUGCCAAAACUGGCUAAUUACACCCCUUCGUCAGCACCUCUCCCGUCCUGCAGCCUCACGUUAUGCCGGGUAAGCUGCCAGCGCUUGGCGGCUCCCCUGGGCGGUGCGGCCAGCUGCACCGAGCCUGCAUGACAUCAGCCCCCCUCCAGUUGCCUGUAAAAGCUGGAGCUGCCCAGCUGUGCUCUCCCUGCUCGUCCCCGCGCCGCGCUCGGGGAUGGGGUGGCUGUUUCUGGGCCCUGUGAUGGGGCUGCGUCCUCCCAGCCGGUAACCGUGCAGAGCUGCUUGGCUUCGGUCCGCAAACCCUCCCCCAGCCUCACUCAUUUUGUCUGCAAACAUUGGGAGUGGAAGAGUAAGAAGCCAGUGGGGGAGCAGAGGUAUUUUAAGUAAACAUUAGCUGUGGUGUGUUUGCUGCCUUGGUAAGUGAUGGAAAAUAAAUUUCUCCAAUCUCCA